AUUCGGUGAGAGGUUGGGAAGGCAGUCGGCUCUGCUCGUUGGAGAACCUCUCCUGCACUCGAACCCACAGCCACACUCGAGUUUUAUCCUCCAAACCCCACAGUUCGGACUCGGAGACACAGAAGCGCGCUGGAAGACGGCUCGGAUAUCGACACGAAGCAGGCAAACGCGGAGGGCUGAGAAAUGGCAACGACAACCUGUACGCGCUUUACCGACGAGUACCAGCUUUACGAAGAACUUGGAAAGGGGGCUUUCUCAGUCGUGCGACGUUGCAUCAAGCUGUGCACAGCCCAGGAGUUUGCUGCCAAAAUCAUAAACACCAAAAAGCUCUCGGCAAGAGAUCACCAGAAGCUCGAACGAGAAGCUCGUAUCUGCCGCCUGCUCAAGCAUCCCAACAUCGUUCGGCUCCAUGACAGCAUAUCAGAAGAGGGCUUUCAUUACCUCAUAUUUGACCUAGUGACGGGUGGGGAGCUGUUCGAAGAUAUCGUAGCAAGAGAAUAUUACAGCGAAGCUGAUGCCAGUCAUUGUAUCCAUCAGAUUCUCGAGAGUGUCAGUCACAUUCAUCAUCACGAUAUAGCGCACAGGGACCUGAAGCCUGAGAACCUGCUGUUAGCCAGUAAAUGCAAGAACGCAGCCGUCAAGCUGGCCGACUUUGGCCUGGCCAUCGAGGUGCAGGGAGACCAGCAGGCCUGGUUCGGGUUCGCCGGAACACCGGGUUAUCUUUCCCCGGAAGUUCUGAGAAAGGAAGCGUACGGUAAACCUGUGGACAUCUGGGCAUGCGGAGUAAUCCUGUAUAUUCUGCUGGUGGGUUAUCCUCCGUUUUGGGAUGAAGACCAGCACAAACUCUACCAACAGAUCAAAGCCGGCGCUUAUGAUUUUCCCUCUCCAGAGUGGGACACGGUGACGCCUGAAGCCAAAAACCUCAUCAAUCAAAUGUUGACCAUAAAUCCGGCGAAGAGAAUCACAGCCCAGGAGGCCCUGAAGCACCCGUGGGUCUGCCAACGAUCCACCGUGGCAUCCAUGAUGCACAGACAAGAAACGGUCGAGUGCUUGAAGAAAUUCAAUGCAAGGAGGAAACUCAAGGGUGCGAUUUUGACAACGAUGCUAGUGUCACGAAAUUUCUCUGUGGGCAGACAGACCACGGCCCCCGCCUCCGUCUCUGCGGCCGCUGCUGCAGCCGCCGCCGCUGCAGGUACCACCGCUGGUCUGGUGGAACAAGCAGCCAAGAGUCUGCUCAACAAGAAGGCCGAUGUCAAGAAACGGAAAUCCAGUUCAACCGUUCAAUACAUGCCACAGUCGAACAGCACCAAAAACAGCAUAGUCACCAGUCCCAAAGGAUCCGUCCCCUCUCCUGCGCUGGAACCUCAGACCACUGUUAUCCAUAACCCAGCGGAUGGGACCAAGGAAUCUUCAGACAGCAGCAACACAACAAUCGAGGAUGAAGACGUCAAAGCACGCAAGCAAGAAAUUAUCAAAAUCACAGAACAGCUUAUAGAAGCCAUCAACAAUGGUGACUUUGAGGCUUACGCGAAAAUCUGUGACCCUGGACUGACCUCCUUUGAACCCGAGGCUUUGGGGAACCUGGUUGAAGGCAUGGACUUCCAUAGAUUUUACUUUGAGAACUUAUUGUCGAAGAACAGUAAGCCCAUUCACACCACCAUCCUGAACCCUCAUGUUCAUCUGAUCGGAGAAGAUGCUGCCUGCAUCGCCUACAUCCGCCUCACCCAGUUUGUCGACGUUCAAGGCAGACCACGCAGCAGCCAAUCGGAAGAGACCCGUGUGUGGCACCGUCGCGACUCAAAAUGGCAGAACGUUCAUUUCCACUGCUCGGGUGCGCCAGCCGCUCCUCUCCAGUGAAGUGGAUAUAUUGGAUGUGAACACCCCUCAUGGAGGUGAAGGACAGGGACGACUAAUAGGAUGGCUGCAGGGGUCCAGUGUCGGAGUGCUCUGAAAUACCCAGCUUUCCUACUCUGGACACCGCUGUCCUUCACUGCAUACCAACCAACAAUCAUCCCUCGACCUGUGGGCAGCUCUCAGACACCUUCAGCACUCACAGACCCUCUGACUUAACCCGGCACGCUACCACAUAUAUUAAAGCCAAGACUUAACACAUACGUGAGAACACCACUGCAUAGAUGAAUCAUGAAGAGCAAUCAUAGACUUGAGGUUCUCAUCUGUAACCUUUUCUAUAUCCCGCACGAUUGCCUUUACCCCCAUAAUCCUUUCCGCUCCACUUUUGUCCUCACUGGCCUUAUUUCCCCUUGCACCCGUGUGCUCUUGAAUACAGUAAAUCAUGUUUUAAUAAAAUCUUAUUAUUAUUCUUAUUAUUAAAAUUAUUGUAUUAAUUAUUGUUACUACAAUGAUUAUUAGUUCUGUCAGGAUUCUAAAUAUCGCUGUUGUUCUAUUGAGAUUGUAUAUUUGUAGUCAAAUUACUGAUGUUGUUUUUUUUAAGCAUGGAUUUUGAGUUUUCAGGUAAAUUAAAGUCACCACUGUAUAGUGUAGUUCGAGUUUAAGUCUCGCUGUUCAAAUGAACGCGCUCACAGCGUCACAUCAAACCCUCGCAUGUAAGAUCGACAUCAUAGUUACAAAUGUGGUGAUGGGCAGAUUCUCAGUUACCGUGAUCAAUGGUUGUGUUUGCAGGGUGCUGUUUUUAAAUAGCUUGGUGGUCACCAUUGACUGAUGACGCUUUUCCCAUCAUGCUCUUGGAGGCAGCUGACAUCAUUGCACUAGUGAGUUCAGGCCUCAAUCGGAUGUUUGUGGGUUGCCAAGCAGAACUUUUUCACUAAAUCUCUCGGAUGUCAUUUAUGAAACUGUCAGUAUCCACCUUAAUGUGUUCGGCCCACGGUGACCUGCAGUUGUGUCUUUGUUAUCGACAAUCUGUGCUGAUCUGAGUUUAUUUAUUGCUCAGAAAGUCAUGUUGGGGUGUACGUUUACAAUCAUUGUAUCUCUUUAAGGGUAUAGAGUAGACAAUAAAUGUAGCCUGGUGGUUUCAGAUCUAUGAAAUAAGACUGUUUGAUGGCUGAUUUUGUGGGACUGAGGAAAUGAGUUAUGAGAGGGAAUAGUGCAUGUCGUGUUUUAUAAAGGCCUUUAUUCUGGAAGCAGCAUGUUUGGAUGUAGAACGGUGGGAUUUUAAUAGCCAUUUUGGUUACCACGGUGAUCAGUAACCUGUGUGUUCUUCAUAUUGAGACUGGUAUGAAAGUCUGAGAGGAUUUUAAAGUGUUUGUUCAAGAAAUCUUGUUAUUCACCUCGACUCAGGCACCUACAGCGAUCAUACUUUGAUUUGAUGUUUUUCUGUAUUUUUAUGUCGUGGAUUUUAGCCGGUUUUGUUUCUUUGUUUUAUUUUAUUGAGUGUGUGUGUCUUAUAAUGCAAGGAUACAGCUUGGAUGCAUGUCUACCCGAUAUCCCGAAUGUGAAAGCGUAAAUAAUGCUGAAAACCAUCACAGACCGUUUGAAUGACAGUAGAAUUAAAGGAUCAGCAGAUGUGGUUUUUUAGUCGUGUUUGUUUUCCUUUCAUCUGUGAAUUGAACGUUACUCGUGUCAGUUUGAAAAGAACAUCAUGUUUCUUCACUUUGAGAGAUUAAGUUUGGAUUUGGCUGAACACGAGGGCAAUUCGUACUGUUCGUUUUUGACGUCCCGUCAAAAGAUUUCAUUCAAGUAUCCUGCUGAAUGUGGGCCUCAAGUCAUUGUGUCUUGUGUUGAUUUUCAUUAUACUCCGUUUUAUUUUUGAAGUCGCAGGGUAAACUCAAUUUAAAUGGUGACGAAUGCCACUUGUACAAACCGCAAAUCUCAGCCGCAUGUCGACAAACCGGUGUCGUUUCUUUCUAAUAUGUGCAUUUCGUAUUUCAAAUAAUCAACGAAAGUUCAAUACAAGUUUAGCAAAACGGAUAUCUUGUAAAACUACAGCUACUAAGUGUUCACUUAAUAUAGGUGGCAGUUGUUUGCAUGAUCUUUGCAAUAUUGGAAUUUUGGUGAUUUUUUUUCAUUCUUUUUAUUUUUUACUGAAUGCUGGUGAUCUAUUUUUGAGCUUUGUAAGUGCAUAUAACUAUUUUUGUCUAAAAUAAUGACUAUAUUAAUGAUAAUGACUGUAUCAUGGUGUACUUCUGAUGAUUGUAUGGCAUGCUUUUGUAAAGGCGUUUGUUGUUUGAGCAGUGUUGAUUGAGCGCGUAUAAUAUGUGAAAUGAUGAAAAAUGUGUUCGAUAUUCAAGUGUCACACUAGAUCACAUUAUGCAUGUAUGUUAAUAUGAAAUGAAUCGUGCUUUGGCUGCAAAAGGGACCUCGAUUAAUGUCUGUGUUCAAUGUGCGUAGCUCUGCUAAAAUGUUCAUAUUUUGAUCAAUUACCUUCUUUGUUCUUUGAGAAAUUAUUCUUUAGAAGGCGCUAUUUACUACAAAGACUUUUUCAGUUACAGUAUGAACAACACUGCAAGAAUUCACCUGAAAGUAUCUUUGCAGUUUUCCACACUUUUUUGUUUAAAUGGAAACUUGUAAGAAGGCCAUGCACUGAUAGUAAUGUGAUUAGUAUUAAUGAACCUAAGCCAUCAUAGAUAUACAGUAUUUACAUUGUGUGUAUGUCUGCGUGCGUGUGAGAGGAAGAGAGAACCGGUGUUGGUUUUCCAACACACAACUGCUCCAACAACAUCAAGCCGGCAGAAAUUUCUAGUGUUCACAUUUUCUCCCGACGUCCUUUUUUAUCUUUUGCUUACCUUUGACUGCUUCAAGUCCGUCUAUAGAUAAGACAACUUUUUGCAGUUUCUUUGUACAUAAUCCCAAAUCCUGCAAUGAGAUGUGGAUUUUAUUCAGUUAUGAAAAAUAGAUUAAUGUAAUUAUUCUCAUGAAUCUUCAUAUCUGUUCUUCCAACGUGCUAUCUCUCUUUUUCUCUUUAUGUGUUCUAUAGGAGAUGUACUAAGAUGUUAUCAGUAUUAUCAAUAAAAGGACUCCUG